AUGCUACUAAUUGGGGCGCUGACAAACUGCGAAGCAGGCCAAACCUGUGAAGACGUCAAAAUUCAUCACGAGACCAACACCGCAUUUCUUGCUUGCGGAGAUCCGGUAGGACGAUCUCAAUUCUAUCCACCGAUUAACAAUCAUUGGUCAUCGAAACGAAAGGAUUUUCGUGAGUACUUUUUGAAGUACGACAUUAAGGGUAACAAGACCACGAGACUGGAAGUAAAAGGUUGGCAUGGAGAUUUAGUUCUCCACGGGAUCGAUAUUUGGAGGUUCCCAGAUGACCCAUCCAAGAUACACUUGUUUGCUAUGAACCACGGCCGCAAAGGUGAAUCGAUUACCAUCUUCUCACACAAGCUCGGGACAAACAAUCUGGAGUUUGUUAAGGAUAUUAGUCACCCCCAGCUGAAAACACCAAAUGCGGUGACUCCAUCUGGUCCUCUUUCAUUUUUCAGUACCAAUGACCAUUAUUACUACAACGGCAUGUUACGGACACUUGAAGAUCAAUACGCGCCUUUCCGAUGGGCGUCUUACGCGGUUCAUUGCGACGGAUCUAGCUCAAAGACAACUUGCUGGAAAGUCUCGGAUGACCUUCAGUAUGGGAAUGGCAUCCUUUUGACGGAAGAGGGCAAGACCCUUCUCGUCAAUGACUUAUACGAGGGUACGACAAUCAUCUACAGUAUUGAUCCGGCAACAAAUGAUCUGGUGCUCGAGAGGAAAGUUAGACUUGGAGCAACUCCAGAUAAUUUGGCCGAAAUUCCCACCAAUGGGGACAUUGUAGUGCCAGUUUUCCCCAACUUGGUUACCCUUUUCAAACGCGGCUUUGGGCCCGGUGGUCUUGACUACGGUACCCUUUGCGAAUCUGCAGUGGUUCGACUGGACAAGGCCAAAGGUUAUGCACCAGAAUUGCUAUUCUGGGAUGACGGCUCGCAGUUGAGUAUCCUGACCGGGGCCGCGGUAGACCCUUACAACAAGAGACUCAUCGCAAGGGGAAUGUUUUCCAAGGCGUUUCUUGUCUGUGAUAUCAGCAACGACAAAACAGGUCUGGUCUUUGGUUGA